GCAUUUCCGAAGACCCAGCCCAGCCCAACAGGAAGACAACAGAUUUUUGUUAGGAUGCAGAUUCGCCGCUGUCGGCGUUGAAAAGCUACGAAGUUAUUCAUUCAAUUACAUAUUAAGAAAAUGCCCUUAUUUGAUGGGUUGGGCAGCGGAGGAGAGAAGACCGCUAUCGUCAUUGAUUUAGGAGCAGCAUUCACAAAAUGUGGCUUUGCAGGGGAAACGGGGCCCAGGUUCAUAAUUCCGAGCGAGAUCCGGAAACCAGGACAGCAACAGGCCGUCAAGGUGGUUCAGUACAACAUCAACACGGAAGAGCUUUAUGUCAUACUCAAAGAGUUUAUCCAUAUUCUGUAUUUCAGACACCUGCUGGUGAACCCUCGCGACAGAAGAGUGGUCAUCAUCGAAUCCAUCCUCUGCCCGUCUCACUUCAGGGAGACUCUCACCAAAGUUUUCUUCAAACAGUUUGAGGUACCCUCUGUGCUGUUUGCCCCAAGUCACCUCAUGGCCGUCAUGACGUUGGGCAUCAACUCUGGCCUGGUGAUGGACUGUGGCCACACAGAGACACUGGUGCUGCCUGUUUAUGAGUGCACUCCUAUUCUGCCAGCUUGGGAGGCUUUGCCUUUGGGAGGGAAAGCCAUCCACAAAGAAUUAGACGGCCUUCUUGUGGAACAGUGCACUGUGGACACCGACACCACCACCGGGCAGAGUGUACCAGCUGUCAUUGGGACCAUCCCGGAGGAGACUGUGGAGGACAUCAAAGUCAGAACGUGUUUUGUCAGUGACCUGCAGAGAGGCCUCAAGAUCCAAGAAGCCAAAUUUAACCUAGACGGUACAGCAGAGCGUCCAGCCCCUCCUCCAGAUGUUGAUUAUCCUCUGGAUGGGGAGAAAAUCCUGCACAUCAAAGGAUCAAUCAGGGACUCUGUGAUGGAGAUGCUGUUUGAACAGGACAAUGAGGAGAAGAGUGUGGCCUCUCUGAUUCUUGACGCUCUGGUCAAGUGCCCCAUUGACACCCGUAAAGUGCUCUCUGAAAACCUGGUGGUGAUCGGAGGAACAGCCAUGCUGCCCGGCUUCCUGCACCGUCUGCUGGCGGAGAUACGCCUCCUGGUGGAGAAACCCAAGUACAGCAAUGUGCUGGCCAGCAAGAGCUUCCGUAUACACGCCCCGCCCGCCAAGCCCAACUGCACCGCCUGGCUCGGAGGUGCAAUCUUCGGGGCCCUUCAGGACAUCCUGGGCAGCAGGUCGGUGUCACGAGACUACUACAACCAGACAGGUCGCAUCCCGGACUGGUGCUGCUUGAGCUCCCCUCCUCCUGAGUCUCUGUACGAAGCAGGAAAAACCCCUCCCCCACUCAUGAAGAGAGCCUUCUCCACAGAGAAGUAGAAUAUGCUGUCACAUGGUUGAAAUAAUGUCCUCUCCCUCUACCUGAUGAAACAGUUCAGUAGUGUCUUAAAUGUUACAUCUCAACACAGGUCUUGUCAGUGUGUUAACUACACAAACAGCUCUAAAUGUUUGUAAUGUCCAGUAGUCACACCCAAGUGUUUGUAAGCAACGAUUGUGGACUUUUGACCUGAAAAGACAGAACAGAUAUUUGGGUUUUAGUCGAUUACAGUGAUAUUCUUCAAGUACUAGUUUUGAAAUUUCAAAUAUUUUUUUUGCUACAUACAGCCAUGUCUUCUGUUGACGUCUCAUUGAGGGAGGAAGAGAACCUGUAUGUAUUUACUCUUAUUCUCAACGAAGUUUGUUUUUUCUUUUGUUGAAAAUACAUUUUAUUCAGCAGAAAUGUCUCGGAUGGCGACCAAGGAGUGUUUAGUAAACUUGUUUGAACGGAGAGAAAGCUGAGUGUGGAGAUCUCACUCUGAAGGACUUUUCGAAAAAGAAAGAAAAACGGUUAGAUUUAUUUAUUUGUACUUAGCCAUGUAAAGUCAUUGUUAACACAUUAAAGGCCCUGCACACUCACUCACAACUAAAUGUCACAUCCUCUGUCUGAUCAAGCUAAAUUAAUGCUCUGUAACACUCACAUUCAACAAUUGCAGCGAAUAAAUACUCAGAAUUAAA